GGGGAGUAGAGGCUAGCUGGUUGCAUUCCUGGGUUCACUUGCAAGGAGAGUGGGCUCUACUAGGUUAGAGAGUGAGAGCGGGGCUGGGAGUCAGGACGCCUGGGUUCUAUCCCAGCUCUGGGAUGGGUGGAGCUGCCAUCGGCACCUCUCAUGAACUUACCUGCCUUGUGGUUUUAUGUGUUUGUGAAUGUGACGUGCAGCCUGUAAAUUGCAGCCGGUGACUUUGUCCUCCCGGUCUGGGUUUUGGUCCCAGCCCUCGGAGGAGCCGGCUGGAGUUGCGGUUGCCGGUAUCAUGGUUGUUCUCAGCUGCCCGCUGGCCGCCCUGUUCCUGCUGCUGCUGCCCCUUCUGGAGGGUGCUGAGGAGUUCCAGUCAAACUGUGGGCAGCCAGUGGCCUCCAGUCGUAUCGUAGGAGGGCAGAAUGCCCAGAAUGGGGCUUGGCCCUGGCAGGCCAGCAUCCGAUACAAUGGAGUCCACAUCUGCGGAGGGUCCCUCAUCACAGGGGAAUGGGUGGUGUCUGCGGCUCAUUGCUUCAAUCGGAGUCUGCCUGUCACUGAUUACUCUGUUUCCCUUGGGAAAUACCAGCUGAAUAUUCAGAGUGCAAACGCCUUCAUCUCUGCUGUGUCACAGGUCAUAAUCCACAGCGACUACAACCCCAGCAGCUAUGCCUCAGACAUAGCCCUGGUGCACCUAAGAACGCCCCUUCUCUACACCACCUACAUCCUCCCCGUCUGCCUUCCUGACCGCAGCGAUUCCAUCGCGAAUGGCACCCUGUGCUGGGUCACCGGCUGGGGGAAUAUCCAGACGAGUGAAAGUCUCCCUGCUCCCCACACUCUGCAGGAGGUUCAGGUCCCACUCAUAGACCGGGCAGUGGGGUCACUGGGGCAGCUCACCGACCCCCUAGUUCCCUGCGGAAGCCCAGCUGGGAGCUACGGGGUCAUGGGAGCCCCCUGCACCCCAAUAACCAUCCUUCUCCUGCUGCCCAUGCUGCAGGCUGCACGGGACAAUGGAAUCCAGACAGUGUGUGGCCAGGGGGGGCCCCAGGACCGGAUCGUGGCGGGAGAGGACGCCCCGCGGGGGGCCUGGCCCUGGCAGGUCAGUCUGCAGUAUGAGAACCGCCACGUCUGCGGGGCGACCCUCAUCAACUCGGAGUGGGUGCUCAGCGCUGCACACUGCUUUCCCAAGCAUGCGGAGCUGUCUCGGUACCGAGCUGUCCUGGGCUCCCACCAGCUGUCGAUCCCAGAGCCCGGCUCCCUGCGGCUGCCCCUGUCCCGCGCCGUGGGCCACACACUCUACUCUGGGGAGGGCUCCAGCGGAGACAUCGCCCUGGCCCAGCUGGGCCGCCCCGUCACCUUCACCUCGCAGGUGCUGCCCGCCUGCCUCCCGGAUGCCGGGGUCCACUUCCCCGCCGGGACCCUCUGUUGGGUUACUGGCUGGGGGUCGCCACAAGAGGGAGCCCUGCUCCCAGCCCCCAUGACGCUGCAGCAGCUGCAGGUGCCCCUGAUCGACCCACUGCCCUGUGAUGCCCUUUAUCAGCGCCGGAGCGCCAUGAGGGAUAUCCAGGACGACAUGGUGUGCGCCGGCUACGCCGAGGGACAGAGAGACGCCUGCCAGGUGAGAGCAGGGGGCUGCGGGGCGGGACUAAAGCCACGCCCACCAGUAUAG